AUGUCUCUGGAAGACAUAAUAUACGCCCAGAACACCCCCGACAGCCACCAUCUCUCGGAAAUGUAUGACCAUGACCAUGAACAUGAACAUGACCAUGACCAUGACCAUGAACAUGAAGGGGAGAAUGACCACGCAAGUCUCUCCGAGGAUGAGGCGUCUGUUGUUGGUAGAGCCUUGACGGCUAUUGUAGAUAUAGGAUCCAACGGUAUUCGUUUUUCAAUUUCCUCAAAGGCCCCACACCAUGCAAGGAUCAUGCCUUGUGUUUACAAGGACCGGUUGGGUAUUUCCUUAUUUGAUGCACAACUAAAUGAUGAUGACGAAAACAAAGAUAACUUAUCGAGGAAGCCAAUUCCUGAAGACGCAAUCAAUGAGAUCAUUAGGUCAAUGAGAAGGUUCAAAUGGAUCUGUGAAGAUUUUGGUGUCCCUUCGAAUGGCGUGAAGGUUGUUGCAACUGAAGCAACUAGAGAAGCGUCGAACUCCAAAGAGUUCAGGGACAAGAUUUACAAAGCAACUGGUUGGAAAGUUCAAUUAUUGAGUAAAGAACAGGAAGGUAUAACCGGUAGUUACGGCGUUGCCUCUUCGUUUCAUGAUGUCAGUGGUCUUUUCAUGGACUUGGGCGGUGGCUCAACCCAAUUGAGUUGGAUCAUUUCCAAGAAUGGUCAAGUUAAAAUAAGCGAUAAUCCUGUGUCUUUACCUUACGGUGCUGCUGCUCUAUCGUUCAGAAUGAAACAUGAAGAUAUUAAUGAAUUAUUCUAUGAGAUUAAAAACUCUUACAAAGUUGCUUUUGAGAAAAUUAACUUGCCUGAUAUUCUAAUCAAAGAUAUGAAGGAGAACAAUGGCAUUAAACUCUUCUGUUGUGGUGGUGGAUUGAGAGGAUUAGGACAUUUACUAAUAGCCAACGAGGAUGAUUACCCUAUUCAAUCAAUCAUAAAUGGAUACUCAACUACGUUUGACAAAGUGGAAGAUAUGGCCAACUUCCUGUUGUUGAAGAGGAAAAUCCCAAAUUUCAAUUUUGAGAAAUUGAAGGAGAAAGAGUUGAACCAAAACAACAAAAUAUUUCGUGUCUCUAAUAGAAGAGAGCAACAACUACCAGCAGUGGGCUUACUUUUAAGCGCCGCCUUUGAGUCGCUACCUAAAAUUAGAACCGUCCAUUUCAGUGAAGGUGGUGUCCGUGAAGGUGUACUGUACUCCAUGUUCCCUAAAGAAAUCAAACAAGAAGAUCCAAUAAUAACCGCAACUAGGCCUUACCAACCCCUCUUGGCUCACAAGUAUAUGGAAUUACUCAAAACCGGUUUACCCAAUUCCUCUGAUAAUAUAGUACCUGAGGAAAUUGAAGAUCGAAUAAUUCCUGCCUUGUGUAACAUUGCAUUUGUUCAUUGUUCAUACCCAAAGGAGCUCCAACCUACAGCCGCCUUACACGUUGCUACGUCUGGCAUCAUUGCGGGCUCGCAUGGACUAUCACAUAGAAUAAGGGCUUUGAUUGGAAUUGCGUUAUGUGAACGUUGGGGAGGUGAGUUGCCAAUUAGUGAAUUGAACUACUACAUGAGUUUAGAGAAAUUGGUCAUUGAAUCAGCUCCUCGAAGGGGGGAGAGGAUGAUCUAUUGGACUAAACUGUGUGGUAAAAUGAUGCAUGUUAUCUGUGGUAUUCAUCCUGGUGGUAAUAUCAGACCUGGUUCCUUGUCCUUCCAAUUCAAAUCCAAUGAGACUGCUAGUGGUAAUAGUUCUGAUAAUAACGUGGAAAAUAACUUAAUUAUCACAUUACCAAACGACGGUGUUAAAUACAGUUACAGUAUUACCAGUAGAGCUUUGGGAUUCCAAAAGAAAAUCAAAAAGUUAAACAAGAGGUAUUCAUGUACAGGCAAAGUUAAAGUUAUUGUUCAACACGAUAAUAUCUAA